AUGUCAACCACUCAGCUAUGGGUCCUCCCCAUCUUAGUAUCCCUCUUCACAAUCCCCCAAUGCAUCCAAGCAAAGGCCGUCUUUGCCCACUUCAUGGUCGCAAACACAGCCAACUACACAACAGCAGACUGGGCAUCCGACAUAACGCUAGCAAAAGCCUCCUCGAUCGACGCCUUCGCCCUCAACAGCGGUUACGGGGAAAACCACACAGAAAGGGCAUUCAAGGACGCCUUCGCCGUGGCAAAGGAGCUUGAUUUCAAACUCUUCGUCUCCUUCGAUUACUCAGGAGACGGACACUGGCCCAAAGACCAGGCUGUGAAAUUACUCAGCAACUACACCGGCCACGACGCGUAUUACCGCCAUGAAGAUGGGCGCGCGCUGGUUAGUACCUUUGAGGGCUUCCAGGCUGCCGGUGACUGGGCGGAUAUCAAGCAAAAGGUGGGAAAGAACGUAGGUAAUGAUACGUGCUGCUACUUUAUCCCGGAGUGGGCGUCUGCGGGGGUAGCCAAGGCGUCGAUGAUAGCUGCGACGGAUGGGCUUAUGGGCUGGCAUGCGUGGCCGUACGGGAAUAUGGAGAUGAACACGACGGAGGAUAAGCAGUUUAUGGACGCGCUGAAGGGUGAUGGGAAAUCCUAUAUCAUGCCGGUCUCGCCGUGGUUCUACACGAACCUGCGCCAGUUUAACAAGAACUGGGUGUGGCAGGGUGAUGAGGUCUGGGCGCAGCGGUGGCAGCAGGUCAUCGAGGUGCAGCCCGAGUAUGUCGAGAUCCUAACCUGGAAUGACUACGGAGAGUCUCACUAUAUUGGGCCUGUGAGGGAGAAGGCCAUCGGAGUGUUGGAGAGCGCGGGGGCCCCGUUUGACUAUGUCUCUGGGAUGCCGCACGAUGGUUGGCGGGCGAUGCUUCCGUACUGGAUCAGUCAGUAUAAGGCUGGAGACACAACCUCAAGAGAGGGCGUUAAGAUCGAGGACGAGGUGCUGAGUGCCUGGUACCGAGUCAGUGCGGCGAGUGCGUGUGGGGAUGGGAAGACCAUGGGCAACAGUAAAAGUCAGAGCCAGAAUCUGCUGAAGCCCGGGGAGGUCCUUCAGGACAAGGUUUUCUACUCGGCCCUGCUGGAAGGGAGUGCCGACGUGAAGGUCAGUAUAGGGGGCGAGAACCGCACGGCAGAGUGGACGGAUGUGCCGGAGGGGGGCAAGGGGGUCUAUACAGGGUCUAUCCCGUUCGAUAAGCACACUGGCGAUGUGGUGGUCACUCUGACGCGCGAUGGGGACUUCCUGGCGCAGAUGAAGGGCAAAGAUAUCGUCGACAGUUGCCCAGGCAAUCUCACCAACUGGAAUGCGUGGGUUGGGAAUGCCACAGCUGUCAAGACGAACCGGGCAGCCGGAGCAGACGGCGAUGACUCGGCGGGCGUCUCGCUACCGAGAAGUCUGUGGCUGCUGGGGCUGGGUAUGGCGUUUUCCUUAUUGAUAUGA